AUGGCAAGCCACCCAGCCCCCCCUGUGCGCCUGUCCUUUGCGUCGUUGACCCCUCAGAAUGUCGGGACCAUUCGAAAACUCAACGCCGUGCUUUUUCCUGUCAGAUAUGGCGAGAAAUAUUAUCAGGACAUACUGCAAGCAGAAGUCGAACCUUUCUGCCAGCUCGUAUACUACAAUGACAUCCCGAUCGGCAACAUUUGCUGUCGGUUCGAAGGUAGAGAUUUGUAUCUCAUGACCAUGGGGAUCCUUGCUCCUUACCGCUCCUGCCAAAUUGGCUCCCAAGCCAUCGAACGCAUUAUCGAGGCCGCGUCCUCUCAUACCAAGCCAAAAAUCGGACGGAUAUACCUUCACGUACAGGUAUCAAAUGAAGACGCCAAACGAUUUUAUGAGCGGCAUGGGUUCAAGGAAGUAGGCAUCCAUGAGAACUACUAUAAAAAGAUCAUUCCUCGGGAUGCUUGGAUACUAGAAAGACGGUUCCAGAAUGCAGACAAGUGA